UGCUUCACAGUGGACGAGGGCGCAGCUUUCAUCAAUGCAGAUAAGGCUUUUCUACCUGCAAGAGCAGGAUGUUGACAAUAGAGAAUAUUGAUAUUUGGUACACAUUAUACAAAGCACUCCUGUCAAAAUAUUGACAUUAAAUGGCAGUUUAACGACCUACCACUUAACCUAAAUACAAGAAUUCACUUUACAUUACCUUAGCUACAGUAGCAACAGCUUUAGCAACACAACAUUGCCAGAUUAGUUGUUGUUUUGAUUCACAAACGUCCAUUCAAACACAACUCAGUCCGUCCACUGACCUUUGGUGGCUGUCCUGAUUUUAGAGACGGAGCUGUCACACAUUUAAGUUCAGAUGUUCACUACGGUGCAACGGUUGCUGGUUGAGCUCCUGAUAACUUUUUACUUUUCCAUCCUGACGCGCGUUAACGGACACACGCACGCACACGCAGACCACGCAGGAAAAUUCCCGCCCCGGCAUCAGCAGCGAAGAGGUCACGUCACCUCCUGAUAGAACCGAGUGUGUGUUUCCGGUUAGUUUAGAGCCGACGGUCAAACGAACUUACUGUUUGGUCGGGUGCAAUAUUAUUAAAGUGUUAGAAAGCAUAUAGAAGUCAUGUCCGAUAUAUUACACGUAUAAAUGUAAAGAGCAGAGUGUAGUGGAGUUUGACGUUUCGGAUUGGACUACAACUACCAGCACUUCCACCGGGACGUUAAUCCACAAACUUCCGGGUUACGCUUGAGUUCCCCGCCUUUUGAGUAAGCGACAUCAUCCCAGGACCUUCACAAUAAUAACCGCUGACGGUUUGUUUUAAAUUCGACUCGGUAUAACAGAUUUUUUGAGAGAUUUUUCUCAACAUGUAACUUCCUCUUGACUCCUAAUAUCAACCAACAGGCAGCCAUGUUGCUGCCGUCCGACGUCGCCCGGCUUGUUUUGGGGUACCUCCAAGAAGAGCGACUGUGCGCGACAACCCAAGCUUUCAUCCACGAGUGCCCAAACCUGAAAGAGUACGCCGAACACUCCACAGAAGAUGGGACUAUUCCUGCUUGUGUUUUUUCCAUCUUUGGGAAAGGCCUGACAACCAUCCUAAACGAGUAUGUAGCUGCCAAAACAAAAGAGUCUUGUCAUGAGGUCCCUGCAGUGAUGACCUCGUUGUGGAAAAAGCUGGACUUUACACUCAACCAGAUCAAGUCAUUGCAGAAUUCCCCGGCUAUAUCAGCAAAUCAAAGAAUACGUUCACGCAUCGGAUUGGUCAACAUGGCUAGACAACGGGUGUUGACCGUGGCUUCGGCUGCUGGUGAGGUCUGCUCAUCGGUCUCUGAGACGAGCUCCAUCAUCAGCCCUGCAAACAUCUCCCACAGCAUGCUCGGCCACUCCACUCCCGUGAGCUACACUGCCCCGCACGCCCGACCAGCCACCAGCAGUGGCGCACACCAGCAGAUCCAUGAUGGCAGCCGGUUUCUAAACACGCCCAGGGAUUCACCAAUACAGAUAAUUGUUUCAGAACAUCGGCUAAAUCCAGGUCCAAUGUCUCCUGGACGGCGGAAAUGGGACAACCCCAGGAAGAGAGGUGGUGCUCAGUGUGGGUCCAGUACCCCCAGUAGAGGUGCCAUGACUGUCAGUACCCCCAAUGCAGAACCUCAACCUGAAGAUGGUGACGGGAACUUUCCUCAGCUUGUGAUACAAAAUGCACGUGACAAGAUAUUGGGGGACCGAUCGUUACAAGAGAAGCUUGCUGAAAACAUCAACAAAAUCCUCGCCAAUGAGCCAACGCCCCAAACAUCUAAGGCCCAUUCGAGUACAGUGGAGGCAGACCAGUCUAUUGAUGAAAUCCUGGGAUUACAGGGGGAAAUCCACAUGAGUGACGAUGCCAUUCAUGACAUUUUGGAGCAAACGGAGUCCGACCCAGCUUUUCACGCCCUCUUUGAGCUCUUCGACUACAAUAAAACACGAUUCCCUGAUGGCGAACCGGGGGAUGGAGAUAUUGGCAGUAUUCCAGAAGAGGGCGACCCCGCUGGACCUUCAUCUACAGUCGGACCCCUUCCGAGUGAUGAUCCAGUCACUGCACACCGAGAUGCUAAGGCUUCGGAUACAACGCCAAUGGCCGUAAAGAUGAGAGCUGGACAAGAGCAUAGGACCAGGAAGUCUACUGCUCCCACCUUGUUGAAGAAAGUAGCUCUUGGCCCCAGCGGCAGAGUGUCUAGAAUAGAAAACAGUUCAGCCAGGUUGUUAGUGAGUCACGGGGAGCAUCGAGGUGUCUCAUCCGCUGCAGUGGACUCAAACAGAAAAGAAAAGGCCUCACUCUUCAAUAACUUUGUUUUUGUAACACCGAUGGAUAUUGAUGAACCGUUGAACACCCCUCCCCCUCUUUCAGACUGUAUGCUCAUUCAGGAGCCUGCCACGAAGGACGGCCCGUGCAUCAUAACUUCCCCCAGUGAAUCAACCGUUCUUCCCUCCGCUGUGUUUAAUGUGCCGGAAGUGACAUCGUAUGUCGUUCAAGGACCGGAGCAUAAACAAGCGCCAGGAUCUAAAGCGCAACUUGCUCCAGCCCCCUCUGCUUUUUUGUUUCCUUUGCAAGUGGAACUAAACAACACUCCGAUGCUGACGGCCGACCUACCUCAUAUGUCUCUUUCAGGCAGUGGGAUAGACACUCAACCCGGGGCUUCUCUCUCAGUAACACCUGAAUCUGCCUCUUGCACAUCUCCUCCUAGCAGUGCCGCGGUCACAACUGUGCCUGCCUCGCCCUCAUCGGCACCCACAUCUGCUUCUACUUCUGCAACGCUAACGGCUACGCCCGCCUCAUCCUUACCCGUCUCACCCGCAUCAUCCUCCUCCUCUUGUGCCCCAGUUGGUGCAGCACUCGAUCCUCCAUCUGCCAACCACACCACUCCAAGCAAGGCUGCAGCGGAUUCCAGUAAUAUCGUUUCUUUGGAGAUCAUUAUUAGUGACAACCAGGAGGAGGAUUUUUCCAGCAACGCGGCCUUGAAUCAGGCAAUGUCUAGCAUUUCUGGAGACAAGAUACCCACCAUCUACCUUUCCUCUCCAGCUAAGUCCUCCGUAAGCCCCGGCACACCAAAGGCCACCUUGGAUGAGGCGGCACAGGCAGUUAGUGGCUUACAAACCUCUGAGGCGCACGCCAGUCCUCUCAGCUGUAAGACUGGAGCUGUAGUCGCAUCCCCGUUGACGGGGACGUUGCAGGCCCAGCAAAACUUCAUAAUUCAGCUACCCCUGAACACGGCUAAUCCUGCCCUCCAAGGAGCCACUGCCAGCUAUUUCCUUGUGACUGAGCCCCCUACUGCAGAUGCUCAAACCAGACACGUGUUACUGUCUGCUGGAGUCUCAACGGUGCAGCCUUUGCCCACCAACCAGUACGGGGUGACCGCACCAUCUCGCUCUCGAGGCUCUUCCACCGGUAAGAGACAACAGACUACAGUAGUGGGUCAUCUCGAUAGACAGAAAGUAUUCUCUAGGCCAACACUCAUCUUACCAUCACCUGUUAAGCCCAUGUUGCUUCCUGUUUCUGUUGUGGGGCCAAAUACUCUGGGGAAGGUCCAGAUGCUGUCCAAUCAGCUUGUUGCCAUACCAAACCCAGCACCGGUACAGCAGCCAGAAACUGUCACGCCAAAGUCUCCCACAAUCAAACGGUCUACACCUGCUGGCCCUGAGCAACACCUGGUCGGUAACUUGGUUCAACCUGUGUUUGCUGAAAACACGGGCCAGCAGGAGACAGCAACGGGUCCUCGUCAUAGGAGAAUUCUAUGUUUUGACUCUUCUGCAGAAGUUCAAGCACAAACUGCUAAAACAAGAAGAAGCACCAAAACUACAUCGACACCACGAUCUGCCCAGCAGACUGACAAAGAUGAUAAACAGUCGGGGACUCGAACUAAACCUUCUAUCUUGAGUGGCAACAAGCCCCGGAGGAGAAUAGAGACCGUCAGAUGCUCAACAGAUACCCAGACCGGAGGAAGCUUCAUGAAGGAGGCCGAGAAGGCCACUCCUCCACAACAGCACAAGAAACAUCCUCUUAAAAAGAACUAUCGCAAACAAGAUCAUGGCACCCAUAACGAAGAGUCUCAAAGGGCAAGUACCAGCAGGGUUGAUGCCCCUCAGCCCGAGACUUUGAAAAAGUCAGAAUCGGGAAGGAGAUCAAAAUCUAUAGACGGUAUACACAAUCAUGAUAAGGAUGGUGAUGCAGCACAAGCGAAGGAUUCUCAUACUUCUAAGUCCUUGUCCUCUGAUUCUGCUCUGAAAUCAGGAACUGUAAAGGAGAAAGAGGAGAGCAGCAGGAAAGAACCUGCAGAAAAGGCUGCUGGCAAAUCACGAGAGGGGCGCACAGAAAAGAGGACGCCUACUCAGGAGAUGCCAAAUGUGACGGCUAACAAGGAAAAUGAGAUGAAAGGCAGCUUGCAAGAGCAGCAGCAGUCAACGCCUUCAUCCUCAGCAUUAAGAGACUUCAGCCCUCCGGUUGUCACCCAGCCUGCAUCGAAUCCUCAGUCCAAGGCUACAAAAGCCCCCUCAAAGACCAGCUCUCUGGCCAAACAGGCAGCUGAGAUGCUGCAGGACAUCCAGGGGCUCAACUCUCCUUCCUCCCCAGUCAAGAGGCCCGGAGCAGGCGGCUCAGACCACAGUCUUCCCUGUACCCCGGGGACUGGUCGCAGCCAGGAGGAGUCUGCUGACCGCGCCCGGACUCCUUCCCGACAGAGGAAAGGUAAAGACGGAGAGGGGACUCCCAAGCACCUGAUUCCUCCCAACACCCCGGACAUCCCCACCUGCAGCCCAGCCAGCGAGGCCGGCAGUGAAAACAGCAUCAACAUGGCCGCCCACACGCUCAUGAUUCUCUCGCGUGCCGCCAUCGCCAGGACGGGCACUCCACUGAAGGACAGCUUGCGUCAGGAGGAAGUGGGAGAGAAAUCGCCCACGAGCUCAAAGAACUCUAAGAAACGCAAACAGCGUUCUCCCACGGCCAGCCCACGUGCAAAGAAGGAGUCAAAACAAUCUCCCAGCCAAAAGACAGACCGGGAAAGGAAGAAACUUGUAGACUUAUUCCCCCAUGACCUGGAUGUGGAUAAGUUCCUGUCCUCACUACACUAUGAUGAGUGAAACCGGACCCUCCAACAGGAAAGGACCUCCGUAUCGCUACCUGCUUAAGUUACUAUCCAGGAAUAGAACAAGCCAUCUGCUAAAUCAGUGCCUAUGGUUCCUAUUAGGGACCUUGCCUGAGACCGUAUAAGCUGCAAUGUCUCCUUCAGCCAAUGACGGGCUUUGAUUUGGUUGAUCAGCUUCCAUUUUGGAUGAUCUGCAUAAUGCCUAGUUUCAUGCAGCCGUGGAACUUUGUUGUAUUUCUCCCCCCCCCCCCCAUGCUCACUUCUGUUUAAUUUUUCAUUGUUGUGUACAAACAUCAGUUGUUUUGGGGCCCUUUGACAUAUUGGGUGCAUGUUGAUAAAAUGAUGACUCAAAGCAUUUUCUUGGUCAAUAUUUGACCCUAGUUUGAUAAAUCCAGCUUCCACUGGCUGAUAAUCUUGUGUACCAAUGUGUUUUGAUAAUUGGGAUACUGAAGACUCUCAUUGGUUUUAGUUUGUCAUGUUCAGUGAAGUCUGGUUAAUUGAAAAAUACAAAAAUGUGAAAUUAUAUUUUGUCUCACACACGUAUACAUACAUGGAAUAAUGACACACAAAAGUGCUGCAAUUGUUCAAAAUUGCGUACUCUGCUUCAUUCAAUGUAAUAAAACAAACUCUUUGUGUAUUUUUCCUCAGUGUACACAGAGAUGUGUUUGGCUUGAAUGUCAUGUCAUGAAGCUCAAUAAAUUAAGUUUUGCUCUCUCU